CAUGACUGUAGGCAAAGCUGGCAAGGAUAGUGGGAAGCCCAAGGCCAAGGCAGUGUCUCGCUCACAAAGAACUGGACUACAGUUUCCUGUGGGCCGCAUCCACAGACACUUGAAGACUCGCACCACAAGCCACGCACGGGUGGGUGCCAAUGCUGUGGUCUAUGGUGCUGCGGUUCUGGAGUACCUCACUGCUGAGUUGCUGCAGCCGGCAGGUAAUGCUUCCAAGGAUCUUAAAGUAAAGCGUAUCACUCCACGUCACUUGCAGCUUGCAAUUCGUGGUGAUGAAGAGUUGGACUCUCUUAUCAAGGCUGGGGGUGGUGUGAUCCCUCAUAUCCAUAAAUCUCUGAUUGGAAAGAAGGGACAGCAGAAAACUGCUUAG